UAUGAACACAUUUUAUAUGAAACCUGAUAAAAGUGCUCUACUCGAACAGACUGUAAACCAAAUCAAGCAAAUUACAACAGAAAACGCGUGCUCUACUAACGAAGACGUCCAGCAAUCCCAAGUAUCCAGCAGUCGACCAACGUUGAUAAAUACAGAAGUUCUCGGUGGUGUUGUACUUGAAGCAUUAGACGGUUUUCUGCUGGUGAUAAACAGUAACGGUCGAAUUGAUUUCGUUUCUGAAAAUGUUCCCGCUUACAUUGGAUACAAUCAAGACGAUUUAAUUGGAAAGACUGUGUUUAAUCUUGUCCAUUUAGCCGAAUACCAACAUUUUCAAAGCGCUCUGUCUUUGCUCAGUUCUUCAUCGACUCCUUCGUCCACAACGAAGAAAGAGGGUUGCAACUUUAAUUGUCGCAUGAAUAUAAAAGCUCCGAUAAAAGGUCAACCGAGUUUCGUGAAUAUGCAGAUUGCGGCUGUUGUACAGUCUUACAAUCAAUUGAAAGAUUCUUCACCUCCACCUCACUCAGAACAAUCAUCAUGCUUAGUGUGUAUUGCUCGAAGACUCACACCGGAAAAAGCUGCUCAAGCGGGAAGAGCAACUAAUAGUACCGUUUCUUUCAUUACUAAGCAAGAUGAGAAAGGUGAAAUUUUAAAUAUUGAAAGUCUAAACACGAAUCCAACUCACUUGAAAUAUCCGGAUAUGAUUGGAAGUAAUAUUAAAGACUGGUGCUUACCAGCCGAUCAACAAUUAUUAAUAAGACACUUCGAAAGAGUUUUAACCGACGGCACGGAUCAAAGUAAUAUUUACAGAUUACGUUUUGCCGAUUCUAGAUAUGCGUUCGUUCGAACGAAAAGUACAAAGUUUCAGGGGCAAAACACUUUUAUUAUGUCUGAGCAUACUGUCGUCCGAGAAUGCGAAGGCGAUCACGAACUGAAGAAUAGCGCAGGAACUGCAUUAAUGAAAAGUCUUGUCGCUGUACCUCGUGAGUCUUCGACCGGAGGUAUAAGGCCCAGAUCCACAACAAAUACAUCACUACAAUUAAGUAGUGGCGGUUCUAUGACGAUGCUGGAUACAGGUUCAUCAUCUCUGUCAACACUUCUUAGUGCAGUAGGUCCUGAAAAAUCAGAAGUGAGCAUAGCAGAUGUACUUGACGUUGGUCAUGGUUCAUCACCAAUUGAUCAUUUUUCUAAACAUCUCGCAACAACAACCUCUUCUGUACAUACACCACCUCCAUCUGCGUCGGUGUCAUCCCCACCUACUUCAAAUUUUUUAUCCAGUCCAGUUGCUCAAGUAGGAUGUAGAAACGUGUCUGUAAGUUCAGCACAUGAGUCUGAAUUACAACUACUUCUGGGCGAACCCCUUUCGGGUUCUGGCUGCAAAACAACGCCAUCAGUACCAGCGGCAACACUGGAUCAGUAUAGAAAGUUGCGAGAGGCACAUAAGAUUAUAAGAAGAGGUGUACAAUCCUUGCCGUCCGAUUCGAAAAAGAGUAACCUCACGUCAAUAAGUAAUUCGAAAUUACGAAAUCUACUGCAAGACGACGAUAGUAAAUCAUCCGCUUUAUCGCCAAUGGUUAUUUCAGCUAAUUCUAAUGAACAAGACGAUGCUCAAUGCCCUGAUUCGUCCAGUUCUAAAACGGGUACUAAUUAUAUAUUAAAAAAGCUACUGUCAGAUAACGAUAAACUGUAUUCUAACUGUGGUGAAGAAAAAGAAGAGCGAAACGCCAUAUUAAAAACUUUGCUCAAUAAUGAGAAGGAUGAUUUGGACGUUUCGAGCAAUAGCAGCAGGAAAUCUAGUAAGAAUCUUUUGAAGGAUAUUCUAAGGAGUGAGGAAAUUCAAGAGAAUAGAGUAUCGAAUAGAAGAUCAUCUGUUUUAAGCCAAGAAGAUGAAGUUCAGUCAACUUUUAGCCGGCAAACGUCUUUUACGACUCCAAAAACUCCCAAUUUGAAUAUUGAAAAUGUCUUUUCUGGUCCGCCCACACCAGUUACUCCAGCAACACCAGCAACUCCUUUCAAUGACACAAGGACUCUAAGUGAUUUUCUAUCUUAUCAAGAUGGUCAAGAUGAUGACCUAAUUUCUUCUGGCCCUGCUGCCAAACGACAUAAGCCUGAUAAUGGUAAUCAAGCCUCUAGGCCCAAGAACUUACGUGAGAGAAACCAAUUACUAACUAAAUUAUUAUCAAAGGAUACUUCUAAAGAUGCAAUAGUUAACACUACAGUCAUUAACCCAGCGGCUACACCAGCCAUGCACGUUUGUAAAGACCGUAUACUCGAUAUAGAUGUUAGUCAAGCACAAGUAACAGUGGGUAAUCAAUCUAAUGUACCAGAGCAUACUUUUGGCGAUGAUUUGAUGCUGCAGCAGGUUUUGCAGGAUGCUUCUGAAAUGAGGAGAGAAUAUAGUGCUAAUAGCAGUUCUACAGUUCAAUUCACUGAACAGUCUGAAACAGAUGAAAUAUUAUCUCAGUUAGAACAAUUGAUGACAGCCAAUCCCGAUAUACUUCAAACUCUGAAUUCAGACAGUUCAUUACAAUCAGAGCAAAUUGCUAUUAAUAAAAUUACGCAAGAGCUGAUUUCGGAAGGAAAUAAACAUGCUUCCGUUCCCCAAUUAGCAAAAUCUCCCCAGCAACAAGGGCAACAAUUGACAAUGAUUGUACAACCAGUUGCGACAAACCAACAUCAAUUAAAUCAAGCUGCUCAGAUCCGUCAAGUUCCUCAGGCAAACAUACCCCAUGCAGCCCCUAACGUUCGUCAUAGACUUCUCCUUCAGUCUAAUCACAAAAAGAUGCGAGAAUUGCAACGGCGCCAACAUAUACAACCUCAAACUACGGCCGUAUCCCAGCAACAAUUUCAGCAAAUAAUUAUUCAGCCGACGACAAGUCGUAAUACAGCUGAUGGGACAUCUUUAAUGAAUUUGAAUGAAAUGAUGAACGCAGUUGGACCGAAUGUUACAGUACCGCAGAGAUCAAAUCAACAUGGUCCUUUCCACCAACAACCUUACUCGGGUGCUAUGCAACCUGUUACACAGUCGCAGCCGCAGCCUCAACAACAGCUGCCUUCACCUCUUCCACCACAACCACUGCAGCCUUCACAAUCGUAUGGAAAGCCUCGCUGGCAGCGCCUACAACCGCAGCAGGUACAGUUCGACCAACGUGCCAGCCAUACAACAACUAGUGGCAGAGUUAUUUCUUCAACAGACCAUCCGCAGCAAAAUGGUAUUCAAAAUCUGGACGAUUUUCUUGGUCAACAAAACAAUUUUUCUGCUACUGGAGGAUCCACUAUAACAGACAAGAGAACUCUAGUUAAACAAGAAUUACGAAACUUGUGUAAUAGAAAGCAACAAGGAGUUCAACAAAACGAUCAGCCAGUAUCACAAGAUUCGAGUGAAUUACCAGAUGACAUAACCACACUAUUAAACGAAAUAAUUCAGCAACCACAGCAGACUAACACAGACGAUAAUUCACUCACCAGCCAGCAAUCUAACUCGCCGCUUACUUCGCAGCUGGCAAAACAAUUCAUUGCCUCAAAGAAGGCAGAAUCCCAGAAAAAUACAGAACGCAUGCGUCAAAUGGGCGGCGUAAACGAUUUAGGACCUUCGCAUUGUACGGUUAAUCCUAUGCACUUACGUGGUGAAGAGUUAGGAGCUCAUGGUUCUAGAGCUAAUGUCAUCUCAACAAAUUUCUUUCGAAAGCAACUAUCUCAACCACUACAGGCGUCAAACCAACAAGGUUUAAUGGUCACUACGUCUCUUGGAAAUCAGGUAGCACCAGUUUCAAUUGUACAAAGCUCUGAGCCUAGGCCUCGGUGCGAACCUAUACCGAAGGGAGAACAAGGUCCUCACAGUUUACUGCAGAAGCUCUUAUCCGAAUGA